GCAGGGAGUAGUGGGAUCUCAGCUGUGCAGGUGCAACAGCUUAGAAGAAAUGUUUACGGUCUGCUAACGUGACACCUAAAUCCUGCAUUAGGACAGAAAUGCUCAGGUAACGUUAUUCACGUCCUAUCCCGCAACAACGUUACCGAUGUCUGCCAAGUUUGAACAAUGGAGUCCUCCAGUGAAUCUGAGACUUUCGACAGAGCGAGGAGACAUCGCUCACGGGGCAGAGAUACCCAGCGAAGACGUAGUCGUGACAAAACUGAUGCUGAUAUUGCCAUUUCGGAGAAAAUUGACACACUGGCCAGCACGUUGCAGGACACCAGUCGCAACCUCCACAGAGUUGAUCAGAUGUUGGGGCAGUAUCGAGAGCACACAGACGAUAAAGCUGAAGCCAUGGCAACACUGAAGGAGAGCUUGGAAGAGUCCAUCCAGCAACUCCAGAGUCAGCGCCUCCACAGGGCACCCCCCAGUCACAGUGGCUCUUUUUCCACCCUACACAGUAGCGACCUGGAGGAUGGCAGCACCUCCGAUGGACCUCGCUACUGUCCCACGUCUCCGCUGAAAGAUUAUGGCGGCUCAGAGGGAGGCGGCAGGAGAAGGUCCAGGUCCACCACCGUGCGCUUCAGAGACUCGGGCCAGGCUGAGGAUAUUCACGGUCUGCACCAGUCUCUCCGAGACCUACGCAGUGACCAGCUCCGUCUGGCGGACGACGUCAACAGAGAGAUUCACAGGAGGAACAGGUCUGAGGUGGAAACCAAGAGGACACUGAAGAAUCUCAAUGGCCGACUCAGCUCAUCACAGGGGGACGCAGUGUCGUCACGUGUUGAGCAGCGUCUUCAGGAGAUUGAGAAGGGGAUUCACUCAGAACAACAGCCAAUGUCUGAGAGGCAGCGACCUCACGUGCACCAGCCCAGCAAUUUUCAGCAGGUGGAGCGUGAGCUGGAGAUGACCAGGAGGAGGCUGGAGCAGUCAGAGGGCGGGCGGGACACUCUCCUCCAGCAGGUGGAAGACAUGCGCGCCCAGCUGCUGAGGACGGAGAGGGAGCGUGCGGAGCUGCAGCAGCAGGUUGCCGGCCUCUUCGCCCCGAGCAAGGGCAGCGGCGGCGGACGCGGACGCGGACGCGGACGCGGACGCGCGGAGGACGGGAGGAGAGACGGGGGACGGGCCCCAGGCCGUGUGGAGAGGGACAGAGAGGUCCAGGACUUGAGAGGCCAGCUGGAGCACAUCUCACUGAGUGACCUGGAGCAGCUCAAGAGGGUCCUGGAGCACAAGGACCGUGAAAAAGCCCAGCUCUCCUCGCAACUCGAGGCCCUGUCGCUGGACGUGGAGCGCGGUGAGCGGCGUCAGGGCGAGCUGCUGGAGCAGCUGCAGCAGGUGCGGAGUCGUUCGGAGGAGAGCGCGGCGGCGGGUCGAGAGCGCGAGCGCGUCCAGGACCAGCUGGCAGAGAGCGAGCGGCGGCGCCAGGAGAUGCGGGCGCGUGCCCUGGAGGCCGUGCGCCAGUGGAAGAGCCGCUGCCGCAAGCUGGAGCGCCAACUGCAGGAGCUCCGCGACCAGGCCAAGCAGGACACGGGCAAGGCCCAGCAGGAUGGCCAGGCUCAGGUGCGUGCGGUAGCACUGCAGGCGGAGGGUGCGCGGCGUGAGCUGGCGGAGGUGCUGGGCCGGCUGGCGCAGCGCGAGGAGGAGGUGCGGCGCGGCGAGCUGGAGCGCCAGCGGCUGGAGCGCGAGGCCGAGGAGGUGCGCCGCGCCUCCGCCGCCCUCCAGCAGGAGGCGCAGCACCAGGCCGGCCUGCAGGAGCGCCUGCGUCAGGAGAGCGGGCGCCAGGAGGAGCGGCUGGAGGCGCUGGAGGGGGAGAGGGCGCGGGAGCGCGCCGAGCUGGCCCGCCUGCAGGGGGAGCUCAGGAGCCUCGGGGCCGAGAGGUCGGAGGUCGCGGGGAGGCUGGCGCGGGAGGAGGCCGCGCGCAGGGAGGCGCAGCAGAGGCUGACGGAGGCGCAGGAGGAGCGCGCCGAGCUGGGGAGGAGGCUGGAGGAGGAGCGCGAGAUCCACAGGCUGCACAGGAACGAGACCGAGGCCCACGUCAAGGAGCUGAAGGCGGAGGUGGCGGUGGAGCGGGAGCAGGCGCGUCUGCUGCGUGUGAAGCUGGAGCGCAUGAAGGAGGAGUGCGCGCGCCUCACAGAGGAGCAGAGCGGCCGGGAGGAGCAGCACAAGCAGCUCCUCAGCAAGCAGCAGGCCCUCAACACACACCUGGAGGACAAGGCGCGGUCCCUGUUGCGUGCGGAGGAGCGCGGGCGUGUUGCGGAGGCCAGUGCUGCUGAGCUGCGCGCUCGUCUGUCCCAGCUGGAGACGGAGCUGCCCACCAUCCUGCAGGCCGUGGGGGAGCACAUCCACACCAGCUGCCUCCUACUGACCACCGACACACAGCACAAACUCACCGCCAUCUCCCAGAGCCCAGGGCUGCAGAAGGACCCUCACCGCUGGCUGGCUGAGACUAAGACCAAGCUGCAGUGGCUGUGUGAGGAGCUGCGUGAGCGCGGGGAGCGAGAGCGGCGUGCGCGGCGUCAGCUGCACCAGAGCCGUGAGCAGCUCAAGAGCCUCCGCCAGGGACGCCUCACCGACCAGCAGCAGCUCCUGCAGCAGCUCAGCCAGCACGAGCACACCAUCCAGCAGCUCAGCCAGGACAAGAGGGAUCUGCAGGAGAGGAGCAGCAGGAAGGACGAGGAGAUGAGGAGCCUGCAGGAUAGAAUCUUGGAUUUGGAGAUGAGCACCAGGCUAGCCCUGGAUCACCUGGAGUCCGUACCUGACAAGCCCAACCUGAUGGAGAACUUCAAGGACCUGGAGGAGUCCCAGCGGCAGCGGGAGGCAGUGGAGCAGCGCUACAGCAAGUACAAGGAGAUCGUGGGGGACCUGCAGAACCAGCUGGAGGAGUCCAAGCGCAAGAUCCACGAGUACCGCGGUGAGAAGCUGGAUGCUACGUCCCGGAGUCUCCAACUAGACGGCCUUUCCUCCUCUUUCCGAGGAUACGAGACCUUCCUGUCCAGCACCCUGCUCUCCAGCGCUGCCGCAGCAGGGCCUCGGCGUUUAGGCUCCGCACCCGAGCCGGACUCCACUUUCCUGGCCAGCGACGCCUCCGCCAUCAGCACUCGUCCGGAGAGAGCUGGCGUGUGACUCAAGCCCAGCGAUCAAACGGCCUUAUUGCUGAUUGCGUCUCCCCUGGUGGCCUGUCAGCACCCCUUUAGAAACCAUGUGGACCAUUACCAUUACCAACUCCACUCCACUCCACGCCGCACCACUACCUCCAUGGCAACAGCUGGCCAGACCAAUCAGCGGAACAGGAAGCAGGGUAAAGUGCAGCUCGAGACGAAACCAUUAGAGAAGUAUUUUUGUAAGGAACGUGAUAUAUGGCAUAUUUUUUAAAUUACCAUCAAUUACCAGCCCUUUUCCCCUGUAAAUUGCCGUCAGUAAGUCGUGUUUCAUAACUACAUAGCAACACGUUUUUAAUGUCAGUAUGUAAUAUGAAAUAUUUAAUGCCAUAGCUAUGUUUUUGGCCCUGUUGUGAUUUCUUUUAAACAGCAAACAUCUUUAAACUGUUGUAACUUCUGCCGUAAGUCUCUAGCCGUGUGUAUUUGAUAUCUUCUGGUCUGUGUCGUGUUGAUGCAGAGCUGGUGCUAAGUCAGGGUAUUUGAAUGCCGGACUAAUCUCAUUUCAAACUGUGGUGCCUUUGGAGCUAUGCAAGCGGAAAAGUACUAGCAUUUCACUAUACAUUUUACUGUACGUCUAACACUACUUUGACGGAAAUUAUUGUUUUGUUUUUUUUAUCUAAAUAUUUUUUAGCAUUGAUGGUCACUGUUUUAUACUAUUUUUGUAAUUGUCAGUAAAAUCCAAAAAAGCUCAAAGAUGUUU